AUGAUUGGAAAUAAGGUUGAGCUUGCUUAUAUCACUAAUGACUCUAUAAGAAAAGCUAUUAAAAAAAAGAAGAAGGAGUUGAUGAAAAAAGUGAGUGAACUCAGCACUCUGUGCGAUGUCAAUGCCUGUGCAAUCAUUUACAGCCCCUAUGACUCAAAACUAGAGGUUUGGCCUUCCCCUCUCGGAGCCCAACACGUGCUUGCUGACUCUAAGAGGAUGCCCAAGAUAGAGCAAAGCAAGAAGAUGGUGAAUCAAGAGUGCGUCUUACACCAAAGGAUCACCAAGGCAACCGAUCAACUGAAGAAAUAG